AUGAGACCUAACUCAAUCAGACAACUGUCUCGAGAUUGGCCCGCAUGGGGUCUAUUUGGGGAUCCGAGAAGACCAGCUGACACUGUGAUGGCCGCAUAUAAGGAUCAUGAUAUCUGCUCACACUCUAAUGUGGAGGGACUCAUCAUCGCCGCCACCUUGUCUUCUCUUCGCCUUCAAGGCGUAUUGCCUCUACAACUCAGUUUAUCGUUCUUUAAGUCAGACACAUUUCAAGCAAAAUGGACCUCUCAAAGCCGCAUGACGAUCGAACCGAAAUCAUCGAGAAGCGUAUCCAAUGCACCUCCUUUAGAAGCCCGCAAGACCUACCUACAACACUGAGGCUGUUUUGCAAGUCACGAGGCUUCGAAUUGCAAAGCUUUGAGAUGCGAAAUGACGAAUACAUCAUCCGGCUGAGGCCAAACCAACAUGACCAUAUGUUUGCCUCAAUAGCACAGUCAACAGAUGAUCCGAUCCGCACUAGGACAGAGUUAAUACAAUCAUACUAGCGCUGUGACGCAUUCAAACAGCGAUGGUGGAAUUUAAAUGCCUCAAAGCAGGCAACGGGGCAACGUGAUGGUGAUCCAUGGAUGAGUUGGGUCCCACCCACACGCGUACCUGUAUCCGAAAAGUAGGACUCAGUAAACGCAAGAUGCUGCCCCAAACCUGUCGAAUAAGAUAUCGAUGUUUGUCUGUGUGAACUACAUUGACACGUGGACGUCAAACUUCGGCUUCGGCGUUGGAGUCCGUCAAUGGCGAAGUGGGCCUCGGCUUUCUAAAAUAAAAUUCGUGGAUCCUCGACAAGUGGGCCGCGGACCACGGAUUCUGCGAGGGAAUCAGAUGCAGGCUGUGAUUUUCAGGCAAUCGAUGCAACGCCAUAGCCAUGUCUUCGCAGCCCGGUCGGUUUCUCCGGGCCCGUCAGCAAUUGCUUACACGAUGUAACACCCUUGCCCAGGUGGGCUGCGACUCCACACGUUGCACCCUUUAUCGGACCCGCAUAUGCCCAUCAGCAAUAGUUCAUGCAGUGUGACAGCAUCCCUGAGGCUGUUGUACCACAAGUGGCCUCGAACAGCCGGCUGGAUCGCCGUAAUCUCCCAGUCAUGGAAAGAAACCUUUUGGCUUUAAGCCCGCCUCCUCGAGCCGCAAGUGAGCCUCAAAGCCGGGCAGAAAAGCAUUUUGUCCACCAUAUAGUGGGUGAAUUCGGAAUGUUAAUUCAACUUUGGAUCUUUGCUGUGCCUGCGCUCAACGUUUUCUCGGUCAACAAUAAGCCUAUAGUUGGCUGUCCAAUUGUCACCGGUUCUCAGAGAGAUCUAACUAAUAUACAAGCUCCAUGAGAGGAUCAGUUUCCUCAAAUACUUUGACUUCAGGAGUGUCUUGUCGGAGGCUUGCCAGCAACAAUGUCAAAGCUAGCCAUGGAUACCGAAACUCCCCAGAAACCAAUGAAUUACAAAUUCAUUCAUGACCGAUGCACCCUAGAAUUUCGCUUGGACAGAGGCUCACUUAGCAACCCCACUUAUCUUCCACAAGAUCUUUUUCACCAGUUGUCGAGCAGGGAUCGGGUGAAGGCGACUAUAGAAAAGUCCUUCGGCUCAUCAAGCGCCAAAGAUUUACACGAGCUCGUGGAAUACGCACACCAAAAUCCCCAUAUAUUUCUCACACUUGUGUCUUGUCGGCUCGUGAAGAAACUUCCAAGCUUAAGGGGGGCAGGAGUCAGGGACGAUCAUCUUCCGUUGGCAGAGGAAUAUGAAGAGGGGACAGGCUCGAAUCGCGCGCGGAUUGUCUCUUUGAACACAGUCAAAUUGCCACCGAAUGCCUUCGUCGAAGGUGACGAUGAAACGGAUGAGGACAAAUGGGACUUGGGAGACCUGCAAAAGUUCAUUGAUUAUCAGUGGAUGUUCUAUGCUGUCGUCUUCCACAGGAGUUUACUGUUGUACACGGGCCUCCAUCCAAAGUGCCCUCUCCCAUUUGUCAAGAUAUCAGCGGACGGUACGGGGAGUGGCAAUUUUGGAAAGGUUUUCAGAGUCGGGCUGAACGAGAAGCAUUUGACGUCGACUUAUGCAGAGUUUCCCUACUUACACCGGAUUACGACCUCGGGUAAUUCAAAACCACUAUCUGUGAAAAACGAGAGUUACCCCCCCCCUUGUUUUAUUACCCCUGUCUACCCCGCUGCACCUGAAAAGCGCUUCCUUCGCACGCACGCCCACAUAGCGUCUUUAUUACUUCUUUAUCCUCUAAAACUCUCAAAAUAGCCAGCCCCCCUAAUAAACGCGCCCGCGUAGCGUUCUUACGCCCUCUUCGUACUUGGUGUACUGCUUGUAUUUCACGCCUUUUUUGCGACCAUUCUUAUUGUUGUUACGACUAGAAAGGGGCUGGAGGACGUUGCUUUGUUUGUGCGUAUGGGAACUGCAAAUAUAAAGCUCUUUCCUUCGCCGCAAUUGAGCCCCUUUAGGAAGUAAUUUGCCUUUGCGAAAACAACAAACUAGAAGUUAUAGAAGCAAUUAAGGCUAUACAAUGACUCCUUUAUUAGCCUUUAAACCCAGCUCCAGAGGUCUCUACUGGAGGGGAUGAAUAUUUAGCACUUAUAAGGUGUGCUGUGAGUGUGUUUGAGUGGAUUGUAAAUGCUAUGGAGAUAAUUGCUGAGGGGGAGGAAUUGGAGGACGAAGAAGCGGUGUAGACGCA